CGUCCGGCCCUCGGGCGUGACGGGGUGCCGGUCUGCCCGAGGGUUCCGCUCCUCGGCCCCGAGAUAACCUCGCUCGGCCCGCUGGGCACGCUCUGCGCUGCGCAGCCCGGCGUCCCGUAGCCUUUCUUGGCCACCGGGACACGCACGGGUCCUUCUCCAAAGAGCUCCUUUCCAGCACGUCUGCACUGAUGUGUGCAGCCGGUCCUUCCCCGGGCGCGGGGCUGUGUGUGUGACAGAGCGAGACGUGAACUGGGACGUGGGGAGUUUCGUACAAAAAUGAGGAAUAAAAGCUCCUGUGAGGGUGUAGAGCCGUGGAGUGGGCUGCGCACGGAGGCGGUGCGGUUUCCUCCGCAGAUACUCGAACCCUGGGCACGUUUCUACCAUAGGGAACUUGCUUUACAGGGGGUUGGACUGGAUGAUCUCCAGAAAGGCCUCCCAGCCUCUACGACUCCGUGAUUCUGUGUGCAAAGUGAAAGGCAGGGCAGUGCUUUUGCAGGCAGGAGCUGAUGGCGUGCAGCAGAGCCAUCCCUGCCACAUCCCUCUUCCCAAAGGCAGAGCAACACGGGCUGCUUGCCACACUGUGGGCGCUCAGCUUUGCUAGGAGAUCACUGCAAAUGAGGGAAGCAAGUAGGGUGGAAAUGCUGUGUACCAAUGGCGGAGGUGUUUUCAGCAGCAGUGCUGUUGGAAAUUAGGUCUGAAAUGCUGCUUGUCUCUAAAACAUCUCCCUGUGUGAGACUGCAAGAAAACCAUAGGAUGGCCCUGGUUGCAAAGGCCCACAAUGCUCAUCCAGUUCCAACCCCCUGCUAUGUGCAGGUCACCAACCAGCAGCCCAGGCUGCCCAGAGCCACAUCCAGCCUGGCCUUGAAUGCCUCCAGGGAUGGGGCAUCCACAACCUCAGUUCUCCACAAGUGCUGUUUCUCAAAAUGUACACGAAUGCGACAGGCAGGUGAAUGGUUUGGCUGAAAUUUUGGAUGCAGAGAUGUCCUGAGCAAGCACCAUUCCCAAUCAAAGUGGUGGAGCACGCGGUGAAGUUUUACAGAAGUUGCCUUUUUUGUUAUGGCUGCCACUUGGGGUUUUCCCACAGCAAAGAAAGAUGAAAAAUUAUGGAUAUCGGUAGUGAAAGUAACGGGGAAAGUGGGUAAAAAUGAACUGCUCUUAAAUGCUGCAUUGCAGCACCAUGUGAAUUCCAGAGGAAAAGUCAAACUUUUUACAGCUUUACAUGGUAAAACUAUCACAGGGUGCUCACAGCAGUGAUGCAGGAGGAGAUUUGGAAGAAGAGAGAGGCCCACACGUGGAUGUGUGCAUGCAGAAAUAAGGGGGUUUUGUGACACCUUGCUUUCGCCCCUCCCUCACUGGUGGGGGGGAAUAGAAUGUUAUGCUGUUGCCACGGUGUCGCAGGGGGAGUUGAGCCCAUCUUGGUGCGGAGGGCAGGUGCACAUCUGCCUCCUGCAGCGCUUUUUCCACCUUUUUUGCGACCACUGCUCAACACCCUCUGCUUUUACUUCACCGAGAGCCUUAGAGGAGCCUCUGCUCCACGGGCACAGCUUGAACUCCUCGCCAGUUGUGCGUUCUGCUAUAGACGCAUAGCUGAGCUUUUUUACCACUUGCUUUUACCUGGAGUGAGAAAACUCAGAGACAUCAGAGCUUUUUUAGUCUUUUUCUGCGUUGUCGAGACCAAACUAAUCCUGCCAUGUCCUCAAAACAACCUAAACAGCCCAAGCGUCCGACUAAGUGUAAACGGAAAAAACGACAUUGUAACAGUGUUCAGCCGCCUCUGGAAGAAGAUCCUGACCAGGCUCAACCAAAAAGGAAAAGAUCAGGCUCUGAGCCUCCAGGGGAAGCAAGCACUUCUGCUGAGGUGAACUUGCCACCCAGGGCAGCAGAUGAAUACUGGACAAUUUCAGAUGACAAUAUAACUUCAACCACAACCUUGGGAGAAGAGCCUCCACCUGCUCCAUAUGACCCUUCAUCUGAAAUACCAUCAAGCCCUGUGCUGGAAAAGCUGCAGAUUGAUAAUAUGCCUUUUGAAAGUGAUGCUUACUUCGAUAGGGUUACACUUGCCCUUUCUCCUGUGACAGUUCCACAGCUGAGCAACUACUACACUGAACCUACUGCAGAUGACACUUUAACACCAAGGCCACCCGUAGAGGAUGAAGAGCCAAAACCUUCUACUUCAGGAAUAGGCAAAACAGGGAAGCCUUGGCGCACCGUUGAGGAGGAUGUUCAGAGAGAAGAAAAAGAGAAAUACAAGCAACUCUUGAAACUACUGAAGGACAAAUAUGCUAAAUACUGCCAUACUCCAAAGCCGACAAGCUGCAAUGUUGAGAUUUACCACAAAGAAUCACUGUCUGCUGUAACUUUCCUGGAAGAACAAAAAUGCGGAGGGGAUGCCUCCAAGCUUUUGACACCAAAAACUGGUGACAGCAGCCCACGCCACUCUCCAGAACGCGAGGAGCCCAGUUACUGUACACCAGCAGAAAAGGAAGGCAAGGGAAGAGAAGAGAGACAACCCAGUGCAGGGAGACAGCAGGGAGAUGAAGUCCCAGAGGAUGCCUCCUCUGAAUUGCGUCCGGCACCCGUUCUGCCCAGACCAUCUGUCCAUGAUGAGGAAGAAAAGAAAUUCCCAAAAUCCCGAGAACGCUUUCCUCCACUCACAGAGGCCAUGGAGAGAGAGAUCAAGGCUGCGUUGGGCGAGGGCAAACCGGACGAGAUCCUGAGCAGUGCCUUCAAACUCAGACUCACCCGUGAGGACAUCCAGACACUGAACAAUCAUCAGUGGCUAAAUGAUGAGGUCAUUAAUUUCUACAUGAAUCUUCUGAUGGAAAGAGGCAAAAAAGAAAACUAUCCAUCAGUCUAUGCUUUUAGUACUUUCUUCUAUACCAGACUUCUUUCCGAAGGCUACAGAGCAGUAAAAAGAUGGACUAGAAAUGUAAAUCUGUUCAAACAGCACAUCAUUUUAGUUCCUAUUCACUUGACAUCACACUGGACAUUGGUGGUCGUAGAUAUCAGAAAGAAGACCAUCACAUACUUUGACUCAUUUGGAAAAAAAGGAGACAAGAUUUGUCAAGCUAUAUUCCAAUAUCUGCAAGAGGAAAGCUGGGAGAAAGAUAAAGUGAAGCUGUCAUUUUCGGAGUGGACCCUUUACAGCAUGGAGUCCCAUGAAAUUCCUCAGCAAUUGAAUGGAAGUGACUGCGGAGUUUUUAUGUGCAAAUAUGCAGAUUAUGUCUGCAGAGACAAACCCAUUACCUUCACUGAGAAAGACAUGCCUUAUUUCCGCAAGAAGAUGGUAUGGGAAAUAAUCCAUCAGCAGCUGCUGUGAGACAUGAACCGUUAGAGUAACACUGUGGAUCACCUCGCAGUCACUAACUCCUAUCUUAUUAUUUUAUUUACUUUUACAAUGCCUUAUUGAACAGGAAGCAGGCACUUAAAUGUUUCUCUUUUAGGCUAUAAAGUAAUGGUUAAUUUUUUUUCCUCAAUUUCGGAGACAGUGCCUCUCUUUGAAAUGAGCUGGUGCGCCUUGAGUGAAAGUCUGAAAGUUUGCUGUGACUUCACCAGGGGAGUGAUUGAGAAGAAAUGGUGUGAACUUCUGUCGUUGGGAUGGAGGGCUCCCACCUCACAGCACACGUGGCCACAUUUAUGGACAAAUGGGACUCUCAAGUCUGGUGGUAACAGUCGUGGUAGCCAAACUGAUCUCCCCAAGGACAAUGUGCUUAGCUGCUGUUUCUUCAAGGAGAGUUUUCUUCUGUUUCUGGAAUAUCUAUGAUCUACUUGAUUCCUAAAACUGGAUUUGUGAUGACCAUAGAAAGGGGAAAAAAAAGUAUUUACGGUCUUUUUGAUUUGUAACAAAUCUGUAGUGAAACCCCUUUAGUUGGGGUGGUUUUGUUUGUGUUUUGUCUGCAGGGAAUUAUCUAAUGUGAAAAGAGAAGUAUUUAUUUUGUUUCUUUUUUAAAGUAAAUAUGUAAUUUAUACAAAGAGCUUUACUGGAAAGAAAUUCUACCUGGUGAUGAAAUAGAGUGUUUUUUCUAAA